GUUGAUUGUUCAACUAUAGAUGAUCAGGCUGGCGUACUUAAAGUGCUAGAAGAGAAGGUGAUAAGGGAAAAAGAGUCCUUGUUCCUUGUAGUAAGAAGAGGCGCACCAUUAGAGAGAGUUCUUAACCUCUGGCGUAGAGAAUCCCGCAAAAUUUCUCCGGAACAUGAACUUAGAAUCAAGUUCCUUGGAGAGCAAGGAAUUGAUUCCGGUGCAUUGACUAAGGAAUUCCUCACCUUGACAAUUGCAGAUAUUGGAAAAAAGUUCUUUCCCAAUGGCAGCCCAGUACACUCCACAAAUGACGUCCAAAAUGGAAAUUUUAAAGCAUGUGGAGAAAUAGCAGCAACAAGCUUAGCCCAAGGCGGGCCACCACCAUGCUUUUUAGCAGAAUGUGUCUAUAAUACUUUGGUUCUGGAAAGUGACAUUGACUUCACAAGUGUCAGUCCUGAACAACACCUGACUUCAACUGAACAAGAACUACUGCACCACAUACAAAGCAAUGUCAUGGAUCAUCAAGAUACCAUUAUUGAACAUGGGUACACAGGGGUGAUCGAUAAAGAACACUUGCACUCCAUAACUGCCUCAAUUGUUGUCAGUAUGCUGAGCAGGAGGACACUUUGCCUCAAGGAGUUCAAAAAGGGGUUGCAACUUUAUGGGUUGUCAGGUCUUAUUUCCAGAUAUUCACAAGUUACUCGAGGUCUAUUUCUUAUGGGACAGCAGCAGAAAGUGGAUGCUAACUACCUCGUUUCCUUGAUGGCACCUGAAUUCUCUCCAGAAGGGUCCUCGCGACGACUGAAAGAAGAGGAAAUUAUGGAUAAUUUUCAAGACUUCCUAAUCAGCCUUGAGGACGAGGUUAUUACAGGCUAUACAGAAGCUAUAGCCUGUAAUACAGAUGAUGAUGCAGACCAAUGCACCAAUGAUGAUCAGGAGACUGAAACCUUUAGCAUCCCAGACCUGACACCAGCAGGAGUACUUGGUUGGCUGACGGGACAGAAACAUAGGGACAUUGGGAAAACAGACCGUGCAAUCACUGUCAAGUUUGACCAUGAAUGUUUGAUUCGCAACCCAGAACACAGGCUGUGCUUCCCUUAUGUGGGGGCCUGUGGACAAACAAUCACUUUUCCUGUUUGCCACAUGGCAGGUUUCGACAAAUUUAAAGAAAUCUUCCUAUUAGCUUUCUGUAAAGGCCAAACAUUUGCCAUGCGCUAA